GUAAGGCAAGUCAGAGCAGGUCAAAGUACUGUUCAGUAUUGUUUAGUUUGGACCAAAGAUUCAGCAAAUUAUUUCCCUUUUUUCGGGGAUAAAGGAAGGCACUCUUUUUUGCUCCCAGGAUAUAUCAUUGUCAGAAUCCAAGCCCUCACUGUGGACGGUCCUGCAUAGAUUCGUUUAACGCCCCGCUCAUGGGAUACCUACUUGCGCGUGGGGUUGUCGAGUCGAGGUGAAACGCGGGUUAGGUUAGAUUAGUUAGAACUCGGCCGUACGUUCCGCCAAUAACACGGGUCGCUUGGGUGUGGUUAUUAGUGCCGUGGGACCGUCAAGUAGAAUUGUGUUUCAUGAGAGUAUAGUUUACGCUGCGCGUCCAGACGGUCGGACGUCUCGUCUCUCUUUCACGAUCGUCUCGGUAGGCGGAGCGGCGACAUGAAGAAGAGAAGCUUGUCCGGCAAUGUCGGCGUUGGCGUGUUCCUGGUAGGAUUCAUCUGCGUGUGCGUCGCCUUCGGUACGCCCUCCUGGUUAGUCAGCGACCCACGGAUCGUCGGGGCGCAACUCGACCGACUCGGCCUGUGGCGACACUGCUUCAGGUCGCUGCCCAACCCCCAGGAGUCCGACGCGCCCAGGCGAUUCUUCGUUGGCUGCAGAUGGGUCUACGACCCGUUUACCGCGGGUUACUCCGAAAUUCGCGGCUUCUUACUGCCCCCUUUUAUGAUAGCCACGCAAGUGUUCUUCACAAUAUGCUUUCUGCUGGGUCUAAUAUCAUUCUUUCUAAUAUUACUCUUCACUUUGUGCUGCGACCCAGAGCGAAAGAGAUAUAUCGAGUUGAUAACUACUAUCGGUUACUUGCUGCUGGGUAGUGGUAUCAGCGGUGGCAUAGCAGUCAUCGUAUUUGCCUGCCUUGGUAACGCCAACGGUUGGAUGCCUGGACACGCCAAUAAUUAUUUAGGAUGGUCUUUCGCUCUAGCUGUCAUAGGCAGUGUACUGAUGCUGAUCGCCAGCGGUUUAUUGCUGGUAGAGGCAAGCGUGCAACGAAAGAAACGAGACUAUCUAAAAGAAUCUCAAAUGCGUUUUCAACUUGAAUCUCGCGCCUAAAAUGAAUAGCACUUCCUGACUUGUUCGCAAGAAUUGCGCACAAGCGUCUGUAUUAAAAGUCUGUAGUACCGUUCCGUCCAUGCAGGGUGCAACGUUUUAUUUUAGAACUUUUCUCUCUCUUUAUGGAAUGUACAAAAAAAAAUAGAU